UCUGCGCCUCUGCGUGGGGCAGGAGCGGGAAACAGCGGCGGGGUGCAGCCCGCCGAGGGUGGUGGUGGGGCCUCCACAGAGCCUGGCCCUUUAAGGGCCUCCGAGGAGCUAUAUAAUAAGGUCCACCUUGAAGGCCUGAGGGCCUUUCUGCAGCCCCAGCAGGGCAGGGAGGAUGCAGGAGGUCAUCGCGGGGCUGGAGUGGCUGGCCUUCCCCUUCGAGAAGGAUGUAGAGAAGCAGAAGGGCACUGGGCUCCUGCCUUUCCAGGGCAUGGACAGUCUGGAAGGUCAGAGCCAGGUGAGCCAAUGGCCAGAGGUGGAGAGUAAGACCAUCAGAGAGAACACCUCCGCAGCACCCCGAAGAUGCUACCAGAGUUGGCUCAGCGCAACAGGUCCUGUUUCCUGCCGACAGCAAGGCCGCCUGAACGAAGAUGACAAAGAGCGAAAUAUAACAUUUCCAUUUCCUUCUGAAUUGUUACAAGGUUGGCUCCCACGUCACCAUGUUAGAUCUCCGGAACCAGGAAACAUAACAUUUGUAUUAUUUUUUAAGACGUGGAAGCUGUGCCUGUUCCGGCACGACCCCGGGGGAGAACACGGUGGUGUGCAAAAGGGCGACCAGUGCAAGUUCCUGCACUAGUACGAUGUCGCCAGGAUGCCCGAGUGCCACUUUACUUCAAGUUCGGUGGGGGACUGCAACAAGGAGGGUCCCUUCCUCCACGUGAAGCCGGCCUUCAAGACCCAGGACUGUCCGUGGUACGACUGAGGUUUCUGCAAACACAGUCCUCUGUGUAAAUACCAACACGUCUGCAGGACAAUGUGUACUAACUACGUAGCCGGCUUCUGCCCCGAAGGACCCAGAUGCCAAUUUGCACAGUGA